AUGAAGUUGAAAAAGUUUUUAUUGAGAUAUUAUCCACCAGGUAUCGGUCUCGAAUACGUUCAAAAUCAAGAAACUAAAACAAAAAUGAUAGAUUUGUUAGAUUUGACGUUGAAAACAGAUGUUCGAGAACUAUCCGAUAAAAUAUCGAAAAACGAACCGUUGAUAACGCAAAACAUUGUCUCGCAAUUGGGUGACACGAUAGAAAAAAUACAAAUAAAACUUCGAGAAUCUGCAAAUAAAAGAUUUCAAAAUUAUUUAACAUUGAAAACUCACAUACUACCCGUGACGAACGUCGCGUUCGAUAAAAAUGGACAAAGGUGCAUAACAGGUAGCUACGAUCGAACGUGUAAAGUUUGGAACGUUGAAAAUGGUAAAGAAAUUUUAACACUGGAGGGACACAUAAAUGCCGUUUAUUCAGUUUCUUUUAACAUGCCCACGUGUAAUCGCAUAUUAACGGGUUCAUUCGACAGAACUGCCAAAUUAUGGUGUUCACAAACCGGAAAUUGUUUGAGAACUUUAUGGGGUCACACGGCUGAAGUCGUGACGGCUAAAUUCGACGGAAAACAACAGCUCAUCGCAACGGGUUCCAUGGAUAGAACGGCAAAAUUAUUCGACGUCAUGACAGGGCAAGAAACGGGAACUCUUCGGGGUCACACGGCCGAAGUAACGACUGUAGAUUUUGAUAAAACCGGUAAUCGAUUGAUAACGAGUUCUUUCGACAGUACCGUUAGCGUGUGGGAUACUAGAACGAAUAAGAGAGUCGGAGUUUUGAUAGGACAUCGAAAUGAAAUUUCAAACGCUCUCUUCAAUUUCGAUUGUGAUUUAAUUGCGAGCAGUUCCGUUGAUAAAACGGCUAAAAUUUGGGAUCCUCGCAUGUUUACCUGUCUCGUGACGAUCACGGGCCACGACAGCGAUGUACUAGAUAUAGCUUUCGAUUGUUACGGUAAAAGAUUAGCAACGGCGAGUACGGAUUGUACGGCACGAGUUUGGGACGUAUCAUCAAAUUUUAAAUUAAUAUCGACGAUGGAAGGACACAAAGAUGAAGUUUCUCAAGUUUGUUUCAAUCCAGGUGGAACUCAAGUGUUGACAGCUUCCAACGACAAAACGGCCCGAAUUUGGAAUCCUGACACGGGUUGUUGCAUUCAGGUAUUGCAAGGACAUUCCGAUGAAGUUUUUUCAGGUGUUUAUAGUUAUAAUGGUGACGUUUUAAUGACAGCAUCAAAAGAUAAUACUUGUCAGAUCUGGAAAUAA